AUGAUUAAUUUUUUUCAAGGAUUGAAAUAUCACGGAAUGCUAUGGGAUUCAUUGAAUGAAUAAAUAUUUCUUAUCGAUGAAAUUCUUAAGUUGAAGAUGCUUUUGUACAUAAAAUCAUUUUUAUUUAAACUAUAAAGAUUAAUAAAAAUGAUAUAUUUAAUCGUAUUCCAAAGAUCUAAUUUCUGUGGUUGCUGUAUUUAUUCGUAUAUUAAAUAAUUAUAAAAUACAACUAAUAUUAAUUUGAGUUGCCAAAAAUUCAUUAAUCAACAUCUAAUUAAAUGGGCUUUACAAAAAUAUAUCGAAUCAAAUAGAUGA